GCUCCAUCUGAGAUAAACAAGAAGCGGUGGACGGUGAAAGUGAAAGGAGCUCCGUAACUGUGAAAAAAGCACCGAGCAGGCAGUCCCCACACAAGACAGACAACACAGGGAGAGAGAGGCCCCGGGUCUAGCUUCGAGGCGGCAGCAGCAGCUCAGCAGACAGCCAUGGCUAACAUCGCGGUCCAAAGGAUCAAGCGGGAGUUCAAAGAAGUUCUCAAAAGCGAAGAGACAAGUAAAAACCAAAUUAAAGUAGAUUUGGUGGAUGAGAACUUCACAGAGCUAAGGGGUGAGAUCGCAGGUCCUCCAGAUACACCAUAUGAAGGUGGCAGAUAUCAGCUUGAAAUAAAAAUCCCAGAAACAUAUCCUUUUAACCCGCCAAAGGUGCGCUUCAUCACUAAGAUCUGGCACCCUAACAUCAGUUCUGUGACAGGAGCAAUAUGUCUGGACAUUUUAAAAGACCAGUGGGCAGCUGCUAUGACCCUGCGGACGGUGCUGUUGUCUCUACAGGCUCUUCUUGCUGCAGCAGAACCAGAUGAUCCACAGGAUGCAGUAGUAGCAAACCAGUAUAAGCAGAACCCAGAAAUGUUCAAACAGACUGCAAGGCUGUGGUCUCACGUCUAUGCGGGCGCUCCGGUCUCCAGUCCCGACUAUACGCGCAAAAUAGACAAACUCUGUGCCAUGGGCUUCGAUAAGAAUGCAGUAAUAGCGGCCUUGUCUUCAAAAUCUUGGGAUGUGGAAACGGCGACAGAGCUGCUCCUCAGCAACUGAAAUCCAGCCAGGUGUGAGGAUCCAAAAACUCCCUUCAUCAUAGCAUCAGCCCCUCCCCGGCACCAUUCCACCAUUGCCUUUUUGUUAAGCAGACAACAUCCCAUUCAUCAUGGCAGUCUGAGCCUUCUUUUGUAACCGUUUACUUUGCUACAAACUCAACACCGGUAGCACCACAGUUGCCAAUAUGCACACCACCCUGUUGCCUGUCUGUCCCAUCUAUUCAUUAUGCUGACUCUUUUCUUCCACUAACUCAAAUUGUGUGUGUAAAAAGCCCCGAAAAACUUUCAGUCAUGCAUCUUGUCUUCCAUGCCCUUUUUAUUUAGCCCUUUUCAGACAUGGACUAUGUAACAUUGCCGACUUUAUUAGUCUGUUAAAGUGAUGGCAUUCUGUUGUUUCUACAUUGGUCACUUUAUGUGAAUGCUGCUCAUGGCUUCAUUCAGACCUACCCACCACAGUGAUGCAGAGAGUGCUGGUACGGGCACAAUAUUUAUCAUACAUGCAAAAUUGGACAGUACAUCAUAAUGAUAAUGCAUAACAAUGCACUAAUAUAUAAAUGAAUAUAUGUAUGUCUGCGAUGUAACAAAUAUUUAACUGCAGCUCAUAAGCUGUGACAGUGAAAAAACGUACACAGUGUGACCUGCUUUUACAUCCUGAUUGAUCUUGUCUCCGUAUCCAGGUCAUUUAUAAUUAUAAGUAGUUGUUGAAUUUUUUUCUGCAGUUCCACCUGUAGAUGUACACAACUCUCUCUUUGCUCAGAUGGGUGCUGCUGCUGUCUGAUGCUGCAAGUAUUUAAUACACUCAAACGACAGAUUCCUACAAACAGCUGGAAGCAGGUUGAUUUUGCCAUGCAGUUUAAACUUGUGCUGUGUUUUCUAGAAGUCUUACUUGGUCAGACCUAGUAGGAUCGCAAUUUUUAUGGAAAAGUGACAAGACGCUCAGUCAGACUUCAUGCCGACACGUUCAGAUGCCGUCAGAUUAACGGAGGACAGAACAUAUCUGAAAGGGGCUUUGCAUCUCUUCUGAAACUUUUUUCAUCGAUUUCUUUUUCUUAAUAUUGCAAAGGGUCGAAGAACUGCUAUUGCCUGGUGGAUUUUCCAGGGUAAAAAUGUAAGGGAAAUCCUGCAUACUGCUCUCCCUAUACAUCACCUUCCUUCAGCAGCCGGUUGGACCGUGUGUCAGAUUCUCCCUUACGGACUUCUAAUACUGUAAAAGUCUUGCUGGAUUAAAUUUACUUGACUGGAUAGUGCUGUGCAUGAGCAGUGUAAUGGGUUUUUCCUCAGCAGUUUUAUCAUAGAUGCUUCAAUCCACUGCAGAAGUUUGGAUGUACAAGUUUUUCUUUCUGUAUUGUAGAAUUAGAAGAAAGAUCACACACAUGUACACAUCCUCUGACAUCUGCACACAUGCACAGAAGAAAAAAGUUAUCUGUAAAUAGAUGCGUGUAAAUUUGAAAAUACAAUGGGGAUAUACUUUUUUUCUUACAUGGCAUUGUAAAACAAAUUAUUUUAAAUAUAAACUAUGCCUAGUUUACAAUUAUAUGGAGAGAUAUCUUUUUAUGCUUUUGUGAUCCAUGAGGAGUCCCUCUGAAUGUCAUGGUAUUAUUUUAUUUUUUUCCUUUCUUACUAUUGUUAUUUAGGGGUGGCACAGCCAAAAAAUCCUGGCCCUAAAGGUGCAGGAGGUUAACAGCCAGCUCAGGCCCCUGAAGGUCAUCACAUGCUACACCACAAUCCAAUCGUUUCUUGUGUCUUUUCUCGUGCUUGCAUGUUCUGUUGCCUUUAGUUCAUUUGGCCAAAUGAUGUGGUGGCUGUCUGUUUGAUUUAACAUCCUGUCAGACUUGUGGAUCUCGCAAGAAUCUUCCUUAUCAGAGACACCUGGGACCUCUGCACGGAAAAACCACCAAGCACGCCCAGUUUUGGUGUCACAACCUGUAGGGAACCAAAGCAUUUUCUUUUCAUUUUAUGAGUAUGUUACGGGAAAAUGUUUUUCCUCUGCUGUGAACAGAUUGGUCAGCGCGAAAUGAGUGGCUCUGAAUGUCAUUAAGGAUUUAGGUUUGCAGUGUUGUGGUGUUUUGUUUUUUUAUUUUUAAACUCAUUUCAGAGCGCUCAUUUUCAGCCACGGAUUAAGGAUCUGCUCACUGUGGACGGAGGAGGAGCUGUACAACUCAUCACUGAUCCACUGCAGCAGCACUCAAUCAAAACUUUGGCCAUAUAUACAGGUAUAUAGGUGAUGACCUAUAUUCCCAAACAUGCUUUAUUACACAGCCAAAUAAAAUGCUCACUGAGGUUGUCUUUGAAUUAUGUCCUGUGAGUAGUAAAAGAGGCUGGAACUCCUCUUUUAUUCUAUGAAGUAGAUGGCAGGCCUGCAGUGUUCUCGCAUAUUACCAUUUGAGGUACAUGGACUGUAAAGACAUGCUCAGCGUAUAGAGAAUUGGGGUGUAGAUGCAUCCUCACGCAGGGCCGUUUUUUUUUUGUUUUUUUUUAAAGAAUUAUCUUCCUUUUGCUUGACCUCCAGCUCAGUCCCUACCAGCAGUGACAUAGAACAGUAUGACAUGGAGUUAUUGUGCAAACGUCUCUGCUGACAAUGAGUGAGAUUCCAGUCAGAGCCAAAAUACAAAGUUCAAAGGCAGGUAGAACGCACACACCAUCUCCUUUUACUUGUAAAUAGUUGGAUUCAGUUCUUGAUAAAGAGCCAUCCCGCAAUCGCUAGAGUGCACCGUCGAUGACUGGAUCUACGUUUUGUAAGAAAAAGCAAGGACAAAAAAAAGGAAAGAGGCCCCCUCCUCCCCGUCUUCCUGGUGUUCUCACUAUGUACAAUAUUGCACGAUGACGAAGCAUAAAAAAGGGGCUGUUGCAUCUCAGUUUCUCCAUUUGGAUUGAGACUUUCCUUUUUCUUGGAAGCAAGCAUCAGCAGUAUAAAAAGCAUGGUUAUUUAUUGUGACAGUGUCAUGUUUCUUUGAUUAAAAAAAAGUGGAAAACCGA